UGCCCCGUAUCCUCCCUCCUCGACUUGUUACGCACAUAUAGCUAUCCGCACGACAGCGACAAUGGCGGAAAUACAGGCCGGGGACUCUUCUCCAGCUCAGAAGAUGUUCGAGAUCCCUCAUAUCCGAGAUCUCAUCAUCGCUCAUAUUCAAGACCGAUCCGAGCUCAAGAAAAUGACGUGCAUCUCCAAGGACUGUCUCCCUGCUGCUAUUCAAGGAUUGUGGCGCAAGACGACGUCUUUCAAGUUGGAAAAAGUCAUCGCGAUUGCGCCGGAAAGAGAGGCGCUUUACAAGGCCUCUGUUGUUGAUUAUAAAGAAGCCACGGCUCGGCACCUUGAUCUCUCCAUCGCCUCUGAGGUACGCAAGGACUUGAAGCGCCUGGAAACCUUGAAGAUUUCAGCAACUUGGGAUGGAGAAAUCUACACUGCGGAAAUCAAUUACACGCCCACGGAAGAACUCCCUACCUUGAAGCUUCAUUUCCCCUAUGAGCAUCCUAUCAAGUUGGACGCUCCCGGAUUCCGGCUGUGGCCAAGACCCGAGUUCCGGUUGACCUCCCUGAUCACCGGGAGAGAUAAGACGCCGUCCCUUGAUCAAGUCAUGAAGACCUUUAAAGAAGUUCGAGAAGCGCGUUGGAAUGACCAGGAACCUAGCCUAGGGGUUAUAGAAGUCGAGAAAGAGGAAAGCUUCGACGCCAUUUUCAAGCAUCUCGAGGUCUUUCACUUCGGAAGCGCCCUGAUUUCCUACGAGUCGCUGAGCCGGGUCUUGGACGUCGCCACGCAUCUAGAGAAACUGUUCGUGCUCCUCGCCAACCCCGAAGGGGAUGAACAACCUCGUCUGGUAGCCCGACUCGACCAAUCCCAAACCUUGACCGACCUAGGAAUCUAUUUCGGAGAGAUAAUAGACACGGAAUGGCAGGGACACUACCUUAAAGAGAGCGACCCUGUUGUGGCCCACAUGGCAAUUCCAUCUUUUCCCAACGCGCUCAACCGAAAACUAAGGACGGUUCGAUGCUUUGUCUUCCCCUUCAAAGUUGUGAACCGCCACAUGGCUACCCACAAACGCGGCGAUUGCAGGAAAUCUCGGGACAAGCAGAUCCAAGGCACUCGCAACCCUUCAGCUCGCCUCUAUCUCGCCGUUCCAACGGGUUGGAUCAUGCCCAAUCCAGCAUGGUUCGUAUGUGCCCUCAAGUACAAUCUACCUCCGGGGAUCUACCCGUGGCUCGAAAGCGCGGCAGAUCAGCAUGUAAGCGAUAAUCGAGACACACAAGUGGCCUUCCAAGAUGGAAUAAAUACAGGUUCGACCGAUAAUUUCGUCGAAUGGGUCAACGAUCUCUUGUACGGGCCUGGCAAAAAUGAACGAGAGUCAAGGGGACCAGAAUGUUGGACGCAAUGAUUGGAAAGCUCCGACUUGUAUGACCGUCACGGUCCGAAACUAUGUCCUAUUAGAUCAUGCAGGAGAGAGCAGAAAGUAACCCAAGGGCCGUCCGAAAGUUUAAUAUUCCCCUCCA